AUUUAUUAGAUAUCAAAUAAUAAUACCUUUUUAAAAAUUGAUAGUAAACAAACCCCAAAAUACUGAGAGACAGAACCUUAAACGAAUCCCUCCUUCGACGCUGUAUAGUAGAUCCAUCUCCGCGAGUGUCACAUUAAAUUUCAAAUUUUGAUGUUGGUUUGAUGAACCCUAAUGACAGAAAACGCAGGUUCAAUGAAGCCAUCGUUAAUAUGCUAUAUCCCUCCUCUCCUCAGCGCGAACGAGAGUUGGAACCUGCGGAACCCUUGAUCGAAGAGUCUGCUUCUGACGUUAUUUCAGGUACUUUGGAUCAUAGUGACAACAACUCCUCGACUAGCGUUGACGAAGAGCAUGACUCAGAAACAGAGAAGCUCAGCAGGGCCCAGCGAAAGAAAAUUCGGAAGAAGAAGCUGAAGGAAGAAGCCGUUCAUCGCGGAAAACUUAUUGGACCGCUGUUGCCUCUGACUUCCACUCGUGUUGCACGCGAUGCUCCACCUGUUCGAUCAAAUGCUUCUGAGGAAGGUGGUGAGGCGGAUUGUUGUGGUAAAUCAGGGAAAGUGAAGCACCGUAGGAUGGCAAAAAGGCUUGCCAAACAAAAGGGAAAUGCCUCUACUUCGGACAACACAAAUCAAAGUUCCGGUGAGGACCUCAGAGAAGCCCGUUUGUAAGUAUAUGCUGGAAACAAUCACAAAAUAGAGAUGUUAUUUUUUAGACUAAAGUUGAGCUCGUGAUACAGAGGCUGUAUUAAAACGAGUUUGCAUGUUGUUACUCAACAAAUUUCCUUGGUUAACAGCAUCUUUCUGUGACUGUGGUUUACUUGAUAAUUUCAUUUAUUACCCCCUCAAUUUGUAUGGGGAAUGUAUGAAUAGAUCAUCGACCACGAGAGGAGAAAGUGGUAGACGGAUUUAAUGGGUUUACAGUUCUUCCAUCCAGGGGGUGAAGAACGAGAAGUACUGUAAUGCAAUUUAUGGUUUAAGUUUCUUGACCUCCUAUGGUUUAAGUUGGUAAUCUAUUUAUGUUUACAAACAUGAAUUUUUCGUCUCGCAGCAACGAGUUUCGCAAUUCCUCUCAAA